CUUCAGUAUGAAAACAAUAAACAACCCUAUGAGGAGAAACGCAGGAGGACCUGUCGCUCGUGCCAGAAAUAUAUUUAUUUAAGAGUAAAGACAGUUUUUGCGGAGCGACCUGUUUUAAGAAUAUCGUCGCUCUUUAAAAGAUACACCGGACACAUAGCUGUCCUGAGUCGAAAAAAUUCUGAAUCUUUGUGUCAAAGAGAAGGAAGUUAGCUAGCCAGUGUAUCCAGCUAGCCCCUUCCAGCUGAAGCUAGCCUCUCCUCUACCCUCUGCUUGUGCCUCGUCAGUCAGGGUUGAUUGUUAUGCAGUUCCCGGAGGACUGUUGUCUCUCUCGUUUUCUUUCUCCUCCGCCACCUCUUCAGUCCCUCACCCUAGUCUCUCUGGCCCUAUGUCUCGGUGGCUCUUCCCUUGGUCGGGCUCGAUAAAGAAGCGGGCCUGUCGCUACCUUUUACAGCAUUACCUCGGCCACUUCUUGGAGGAGCGUUUGAGUUUGGACCAGCUGAGUUUGGACCUGUACAAUGGCAGCGGAGUCAUUAAAGAAAUCAACCUCGACGUGUGGGCAGUAAAUGAGCUGCUGGAGUCACUCGCAGCCCCUCUGGAGAUUGUGGAGGGUUUUGUGCAGGGUAUAAAAGUGACAAUCCCAUGGGCAGCACUCGUCACUGACCACUGCACACUUGAGGUCACUGGGCUACAGAUAACAUGCAGACCCAAGGACCGAACCAGUGGCACCUGGGACUCCCAAGGCUGGUCCUCAUGUAUGACUUCCAGCAUGCAGCUGGCCCAGGAGUGUCUAAAGGACCCACCUGAGGCAUCGGAAGAGCCGCCCGCUCCUUUGGAGGGGCUGGAAAUGUUUGCACAGACCAUUGAGACAGUUCUGCGACGGAUUAAAGUCACAUUUCUGGACACUAUAGUAAGAAUUGAGCACCAUCCCCUUGACACUAAAGAUGGGGUAGCCUUAGAGAUGCAAAUUAAACGGCUGGAUUACUGUGAUGAAGCUGUGAGAGACUCUAGUCAAACAGUGCCUGUAGAUAUCCACCAGCCUCCAGCCUUUCUGCAUAAAAUUCUCCAGCUCAACUCAGUACAGCUGCUUUACGAGACUCUCGGAGAGCCACAGAGUCUUGUUCCUGAACAUACUGGGGUCAGUGAGGAUGAAGAGAGAGACUCUGCACCUAAGCCCUUACGGCUACAUCCCAGGCCUCUACUCAUAGGAAGCUGCUCUGGUUUCAUGGAGACCACUGUUAAAAUCAAGCAGAACGACAUGCUCCCAGGGCCCAAGCUGGAGCUAGAUGGUAAGGUGGGCUGUCUACACCUGUUGCUCUCUCCCAAUCAAAUUACUAACCUAACGGACCUUCUGACUGCUCUCUGCAUUGAGACAGAGGGCAGCAGUAAUACGCAUGGUGGUGGUGGUGGUGGUGCUGGAGCUCAGAGUAGGCCUCUGGGUUCAGAUGAUCUGAGGUUGAUAGAGGAGGACCUCAGUAAGCAACUCAGUGUGGAUACAGUAGACAGAGAUCUGGAGCUAAACACAGAGCCUUACAUCUGCAGCCUGGAGAAUGGAGAGAUGUUUUACUCUAUGGGGCCUGGGUGUAUGACUAGCAGUGUGAUGUCCACACGCUCAGGAAGCGAGCUCUCAGACAGUGAAAUGGAGUCCUCAAUACACAGCCAAAGCAGCCUGGCUCCAACACACCCUCUGUCUCCACAGGGCAUGCUUAACUGCCCCAGACGUUAUCCUGUACCAGGAACUUUAUCUAGUUUGCCUCAAUGUAGCAGGCCGCCACGGCGUUCAACACACACUGGCCAGUCAGAAUCCACAAAGCCUGAUUGCUUGCUCAGGCUCUCACUGGGUGGAAUGACUCUGACUCUUCUGGAACAGGAGCCAGCUCAAGAUCCUGAAGAUCUGUCCUCAAUGGCUAAGGUGUCACAGGUGUUCUUCCAUGAGCUAGCCUUCUUCAAAGACAGCAUGUUCAGUGAGAGAGACUUUGAGAACCUGAGGGGUAGCUUUGCUAAAGCGUGCCCUCACUCACAUCUCAGGCUAACAGGGGCAGCAGUGCAGGUAGCAUGUGAGAUGCGUAGCUCCGGGCGGCAUGCCCGUUCCAUGACCUCUGACCUCUCCUUCAGCAGGCUGGAACUGCUGGAGUGUAUUUGGGAGCCAGGCAAGCCUCAGUACACUGAGCUGUUGCAGUUCAAGAAUGCUGGUCACUUUACUGUGGGAGCGACUGCCAGACCUUGUGCCCAAAUUCACCACUCCCUGACAGAAAAACAGCAGCGCAAGAGUGGAUCAAAGCAGCGAGUAGUGCGCAGGGACAGCUCACUACGUGUAGAGCUAGGCGAGCUCAACACUGAGGUAGACCUGGACAUAGUGGGCAGACUGGACAGCAUCAUACAGGCCCUGAGCCACUGCCCCAGCCAGCCGAAAAAGCCAGCAAACACCCAGACUCAGUUGUUAGAGCUGCAUUCCUCCCUUGUUCUCCUCUCCCCCCACGCUGUGCUGAAGCUUCGCUUCCCCAUCCCUGACCUUCGACCUGUAGACGAGAGAAGACCAAUUAGCGACCGAGCAGUGCGUAAAGAAAUCCUGAGUCUGGAAAUGUGCAAUCUAGAAUUGAAGUCUCAUCAGGGGUCAGACCUCCAUCAGCAGGUGCCAUCCACCUCCACAGCUAAACUCACCAAGCUGCUGGAGGCUAGCUUCAGUGAUAUGCAUGGAGUGUAUGAGGGUUGGGAGGGAGGCUCUUUCCCUUGUAUCCGUGUACAAAAGGGCUCCAACACGCAGAACCCAGACAGCACACCCAAAAUUGUGGUGCAUGUAAGUGGAGCAGCAGACUCAGAUGGUAGAGGGGGUGUAGGUGUGGGUUUGAACGGGGAUUUGGGGCUUGGCUUUGUGUCUAUGGAAAAUCCCUGUGAGCUGAGAGAGAAGAACAGCUCCCCGUUCUCCUCUAACCGCACCAUGUUUGAGACAGAAGAGAUGGUAAUCCCAGCAGAUCCAGAGGAAAUGAAGGAAUUCCAGGCUCAGUGUGUGGCUCAGAGUCAGUAUGUGGUGGAUAUCACACUCCCUGUGGCCUACAUCCUCUUGCCCAGCAAAGAAGCCUUUCAAAGCAUCUACAACAGGAUCAAUAAUGAUUUGCUGAUGUGGGAGCCCCCACCUUCCCCUCCCUCCCCUCCCAAGAUCUCUCACAGCCCCCAGCAGCAGCGCAGAUCCGAGGACGACGAGUUUCAGCUCUGCAAAUCUGCCUUCAGACUUGAUUCUGACUCAGAAGAGGAUGAGCCUCAGUUCUGUGCAGCCAGUGAACCAAGGAAAAGGGGGCAGCCAGAGCCCCAAUCAGACCACGCCCUCAGUGUGCUCUGUUUAACUGUACUGAUUGGCAAGGGUCGCCUGCAGGCUCUGACAGACAGUAAGAAUGAAGCAGGACGGAGGGUGGAACAGUGCCAUGGAGAAUUGCUGCUAGACUUUGAAGGCGGGAAGAUUUUCAGUGUUACCCAGCACCAGAAUAAUCCCAAUUUAAACUUCUUGACUAUAGAGAGCAAAAAAGUUGAACUCUAUCAUAAAGCGGAGGUCCCAGACUCCCCUAUCCCAGCACGAUUAGAAAUGCCCAAGUUUAUUCCCCCAAACCAUCUGGACCCUACCAUUUAUCCCACAGAAGUAGGGGUGAGCAGUGUGGGGCGCAGAGGAGCAGGUGGUCAGAUGUUGUCAACUGCUAUCAAAAUCACUCUAGACCUCCAACGCAACGUCAAGGAGUUCCUGGUUGCAUUACGGCUCCAGGGUGCUACUUUAAGACAUCACAUGGCAUUGACCAAUCACAGUUGGCAUGAGCAGUUGGUUGAUUUCCUGGAUGUCAUUGAUGAUGAUAUAUUAGGAUACACACCUCCUGCCAUCAUCACAGUGUUACAUACACACCUGGCCACCUGUGCAGUAGACUACAGACCCCUCUAUCUUCCAUUGCGAGUGUUGUUUACAGCAGAAUCCUUUUCUCUGUCCAGUAAUAUCAUUGUGGAUACUGCCACCUUUCACCUCAGGUUCAUCCUGGAUGACUCUGCAUUGUACCUCACUGAUAAGUGUGAAAGUGAGACAGUGGAUUUGAGACGAGAUUAUGUGUGUGUAUUAGACAUUGACCUGUUAGAGCUGGCCAUAACUACCUGGAAAGGCAACAACACUGGCAAACUGACUCAGCCACUGUUUGAGCUGCGCUGUUCAAAUAAUGUAGUUCACGUCCACACGUGUGCAGACUCCUGUGCUGCUUUAGUGAAUAUGUUACAGUACCUGGUCUCCCAAGGCGACCUGCACCCUCCUCCUCGCCAUACUUCCCCUACUGAGAUUGCUGGACAGAAACUCCCGCUCUCAGAAGCUCCUACAUCUUUACCACCAUGUCCACCAGCAGAGACAGCCGAAAUUAACCAGUGUGAUCUUACUGAUGCCCUGAUUGACACAGAGCGAACGCUGCAUGAAGAGGAUAGAGAAUUUGCAGGCUCCCCUUCCUCAGUAAAGAGAGGCUCACCUGUCUCAGUGUACUUAUUUCCUGGGGAAGGCCCAAAAUUCAGCUCUGCUGCGCUAGAGGGGGAGGAGUCUGAGCUUGAUCAACUGGUGGCUACAGCCGCUGAAGUUCAUGCUGAUAUGAUGUCAGAGGAAUGUUCUGAAGGUUCCACUGACAAUGAUGACUUCUGUAUUUUAGAGGCUCCUGGUAUAGGCAUUCCUCCUAAGGAUGGAGAGCCGGUGGUCAAAGUGUUGUGUAAGAGUCCUAUAAAGGUACGUGAUGGCUAUUUCUCUCGGCCGCGGGGCAGUUCGGACCUGCUACGGGCGCCUGCUCGUUUUCCUAUGCCUCAGAGCAGGGUAGUACUCAGAGAGGUAUCGGUAGUCUGGCAUCUCUAUGGAGGCAAAGACUUUGGAGGAAAACCCAUCUCUGCUCACACACAACACAGCCACAGGGGUCGCUCAGCACCUGCAGGAGCCCGUGGUUCUCCUUCACGCUCUGCUGGCUCUUCCAGACCUCAGAACUCCUGGCGCUGGGUGGGAGGCAGUGGUAGACAGCACUCACUACUCAUGGAAAUACAGCUGACAAAGGUUAGCUUCCAGCACGAGUCGUACGCUGUGGUUGUGCCCCCUGCAGUUUCAGCGCAGGACACGGAAGGACUGGGAGAGCAGCCUCUCUCACGGCAGGUGUUCAUUGUGCAAGAGCUGGAGGUGCGCGACAGACUGGCAUCCUCUCAGAUCAACAAAUUCCUCUACCUGUAUACCAGUGAGAGCAUGCCGCGUAGAGCCCACUCCAACAUGUUAACAGUAAAGGCUCUGCAGGUACUUCCUGAAUCUGGGUUGGGAGGUCCAGAGUGCUGCCUGAGAAUCAGUCUGCUGCCCCUCCGACUCAACAUAGAUCAGGAUGCCCUUUUCUUUCUGAAAGACUUCUUUAGUACCAUGGCUGCUGGGAUUAAUCCAUACUUACCUGUUGAUCUGGCUGCAGAGGUGAAAGCAGACAGUACUCAGAAGCCUUCAGAGGAAGUAGAGUCUGGCACUGGUUUGGGUCCUGAUCUCACUGCUUCUGUAGAGACAACGUAUAGUGAGCAGAGCUCUUCCUCUGCUGGCUCCUCCUCUUCCUCUGACCAGCCAAUAUAUUUCCGAGAGUUCCGCUUCACCUCAGAAGUUCCUAUAUGGCUGGACUACCAUGGGAAACAUGUGGCCAUUGAACAGGGAACCUUUGCAGGGAUUCUUAUUGGCCUGGCCCAACUGAACUGCUCAGAGCUGAAGCUGAAGAGGCUGUGCUGUAGACACGGACUGCUGGGUGUUGAUAAAGUCAUUCAGUACGCUGUGAACGAGUGGCUGACUGACAUCAGGAAGAACCAGUUACCAGGCAUUCUAGGAGGUGUUGGUCCAAUGCACUCUGUAGUUCAGCUCUUUCACGGGGUGCGGGAUCUGUUCUGGAUGCCAAUUGAGCAGUACAGGAAAGAUGGACGUAUUAUUCGGGGUCUCCAGAGGGGGGCAGCAUCCUUUGGCACCUCUACAGCUUCGGCUGCUCUGGAGCUUAGCAACAGACUGGUGCAGGCCAUACAGGCCACAGCAGAAACAGUGUACGACAUCCUGUCCCCAACUCCACCCCUGACCCGUUGCAUCACAGAGGGACGUCCUGCCUCCCGGCCUAGACGCACCCCGCAACCAGCUGACCUCAGAGAAGGUGUGGCCAAGGCCUACGACACCGUCAGAGAGGGGGUGAUCGACACUGCUCAGACCCUGUGUGACGUGGCCUCUCGUGGACAUGAGCAGAAAGGUCUUCCAGGAGCAGUAGGUGGGGUUCUGCGUCAGAUCCCUCCCACUGUGGUGCGUCCCUUAAUAGUAGCCUCUGAAGCCACCUCCAACCUGCUUGGAGGCAUGCGGAACCAAAUCAAACCAGAUGCACGGAAAGAGGACUUCUUAAAAUGGCGCACAGAAGAUGGCCAAGAAUGACUGAUUGCUACGUCAGUCUUUUUGCUAGUGUGAAUGGUAGCGUGGAGGCUUGAGUGGGUAUGUGAAGAUGUGGAUAUCUCUGUGAGUAUUAAUGCAAAGAUGAAGGAAGAAAAUCUGCCACUCAGCACAACCUGACAUGUUUUAAGUGGUUUCUGCAUGUUAGUUGCACAUUUUCACGUUCAUGCACGUUCGCUGUGCACAUGCAGAGCUCUUUGUAGGUAGCCAAGUGCAAUUUGCUGCCAUCCACAUGUUCUGAAAGUAUGCAAUCAUAUCGAUUCUGAACACUGUUUACCAUUUAACAAAAACACUUACUACUAGCUUUUAUUUCUGCUUUCCUCUUGGAAUUACACACUGGGUAUCUGGGAUCUUUCAUUAUUAUUCUGUAAUUAUUAUAAUUGUUCAGUAUUUCUUUCAUCCAUUAUAAGGAAUUAUGACAUUGAUCAAAAUUUCCAAAUUGCGAUCUAAGACGGCAUUUUUGUCAACCCAGUAUGGGAGGCAGUGUAAAAGUGGCCUUUCCAUAACACAAUUUAAAGUGUAUUAAUGUGAUUCUUCCGCAUCCUGUGAAAUGAUCUUUGACCACUUUAAGCAAUGCCCCUGGUGUUAUCGUGCCAUAAUUAACAUCAAUUUGAAUGUUUAGUUUAUUCUCCUAAUGCCCAUAUUCAUGGUACAUUUCCAUGCUAAAGUCCUGAUGUUUUAAUGUCCAUUACACGAUCAUUUUUACUUCCACAGAAGUCUUGUUCAACCUCGCUUGGCUUUGUCUUGUUUAGUUGCCUUUCUAAAUUUUGUUUUUUUAAUGUUUGUCAUUAUGAUUAACAAAACUGCUUAUCAUAUUCAUGCGAUGGUGUCUGUGUAUUGUAAAGGGCUUUCAGCAACUGAAAGAUUAAAAAGGCUUGUGGUUAAUAUGUUACACUUUGUUUUGUUAAUGCAGUUUAAGGGAAGUGCAUAUGUACAUGUACACAGUGUCUUAUGAGUGGAUGAGUGAGGAUGUGCAUGUUUGUGGGUUGAGUGUUGUUUCAAUAGGGUGAUCUGCAGGCUAUGAAAGUCAUAGCUUUCACUAUGUGUUUUUUUUUUUCCUGUAAUUAUAUCAUAAGCUGUAAGAUUAAUCUGUAUAAUACCAAGACAAUGUGUAAACACAAUUAUAAAAAAAAAUAAAUAAAUAAAUAAAACCUGUACAUUGAAAUAAGGGUUUGUAAUAUGAUUGGUAAAUGUUACAUGUAUGAAGACUGAUUGCAGUCAAGCUCUCUGCUAAUGUGUGGUGCUGUUUUAGCCUACACUCACUGGCCACUUUAAUAGGAAUACCUGUACCCAUACUCAUUUAUGCAAUUAUCCAAAUAUCACGCAGUGAACAUCAGAAUGGUGAAAAAAUGUGAUCUCAGACUCUGACCGUGGCAGAAACUGCUGAAGUUCUGUGAUUUUUUUUUUUUUUUUUUUUUUUUUUGUUACAGCAGUGGAAAUCACCACUGUACAUUACAUGUUUGACUGGUCAAUGUGUCCAAUCCAUAAACAAGUAGGCCUACAAAUCAUGUUUUGGAAUUUAAUGUGUUUGUCAGUGAAAAGUUCAGGAAUAAAAAUGUCC